AGAUAGGAGGCGGGGCUUCUCCGCCUGGCCAAUAGAGGGAGAGCGAGCCCACUGGAAGGUACCGCCCCUCGCCCAGCUGUGGCUCAGCUGUGCCACUCCAGCGUCCAGACGAAGGGGGCUGGGCUGACGCCGCACGGCCAUCCUCUUCGCACUGCGCCUGCGCAGGCCACGCGCAUCCGCUCCUGGGACUUACGAUCAAGAAAAGUUGCUGCAAACUUUCUAGCUCGUUUCCCCCACCCCUCCUCCCUGCCAGACCCGCCUCCUGUGUAGCCGGGAAUUCCGAGGGGCGGAGCGCGCGCCGAGAUGGGGAGUGGGGGGGGCCCUCAAAGGACCCUGGAGACGGAGGCGUGAAGAAGCUCAGUCUCGGGGCGGAGAUGGCUUCAUGCCCGUAGGCCUCCUGGACGGCCCGUUACUUUCUCCAUGGUCCCGAUGGGGAAACUGAGGCCCUGAGCCAGAGGCACAUGCGGGGGGAAGCAGAAAGCGCGACCAGAGACGAAGGGAAAACAAAGGGAGAGUCCCAGACGGGGAGGGAGACGGACACACACACACAGGGACAGAGACCCAAGUGGAGCGCUGGGUCUGGCUCGCGGGGCGGCGAGCGUGAGGGAGAAAACUGGGAAGCGAAGUAGGGUGGGGGAGGGGGCUGGGGAAAGCCUAAGGGAGGAGGAGAAGGAGGGAGGAACUUCCCAAAGUUACAAAACAUGGCUACCUUGCCUGCCGAGCCGAGCGCUGGGCCGGCAGCUGGGGGGGAGGCGGUGGUGGCGGCAACCGAAGAGGAGGAGGAGGAAGCGCGCCAGCUCCUGCAGACUCUGCAGGCGGCCGAGGGUGAGGCGGCAGCGGCGGCCGGGACCAGGGCGGGCGAAGCGGCUGCGGGAGCGGAGGACUCGGGGUCUCCGGGCGUCCCCGGGUCGCCCUCCGAGGCCGUUGCCGAGCCGCCCUCUGGCCUCCGCUUCUCGCCGGAGCAGGUGGCGUGCGUGUGCGAGGCGCUGCUGCAGGCGGGCCACGCCGGUCGCUUGAGCCGCUUCCUGGGCGCGCUGCCCCCGGCCGAGCGCCUACGUGGCAGCGACCCGGUGCUGCGCGCGCGGGCCCUGGUAGCCUUCCAGAGGGGCGAGUACGCCGAGCUCUACCGGCUUCUCGAGAGCCGGCCCUUCCCUGCCGCCCACCACGCCUUCCUGCAGGACCUCUACCUGCGCGCGCGCUACCACGAGGCCGAGCGGGCCCGCGGCCGCGCGCUGGGCGCAGUGGACAAAUACCGGCUGCGCAAGAAGUUCCCGCUGCCCAAGACCAUCUGGGACGGCGAGGAGACUGUCUACUGCUUCAAGGAGCGCUCGCGAGCCGCGCUCAAGGCCUGCUACCGCGGCAACCGCUACCCGACGCCGGACGAGAAGCGCCGCCUGGCCACGCUCACCGGCCUUUCGCUCACGCAGGUCAGCAACUGGUUCAAGAACCGGCGACAGCGCGACCGGACUGGGGCUGGCGGCGGCGCGCCCUGCAAGAGCGAAUCUGAUGGGAACCCCACUACUGAAGAUGAGUCCAGCCGAAGUCCAGAGGACCUGGAGAGGGGUGCCGCCCCAGUGGCCGCUGAGGCCCCCGCCCAGAGCUCCAUAUUCCUGGCCGGGCCCACCCCUCCAGCUCCAUGCCCUGCCUCCUCCUCCAUCCUGGUGAACGGGAGCUUCCUGGCUGCCAGCAGCUCCCCUGUGCUCCUCAAUGGCAGCCCUGUCAUCAUCAACAGCCUGGCUCUGGGCGAGGCCUCCAGCUUAGGCCCCUUACUCCUCACAGGCGGAGGGACAGCCCCUCCACCGCAGCCCAGUUCCCAGGGCACUGGCGAAGCCAAGACCUCCCUGGUCUUGGACCCUCAGACCGGUGAGGUUCGGCUGGAAGAAGCUCAGUCUGAGGCCCCUGAGACUAAAGGGACCCAGGUGGCUGCCUCAGUGCCUACUGGAGAGGAGGUCUCAGGGCCCCUGCCCCAGGUGGUGCCUGGCCCCCCACCUGCAGCCACCUUCUCUCUGCCUCCAGGACCAGUGCCCACAGUGGCUGCCCCCCAGGUGGUGCCACUGUCCCCACCCCCUGGGUACCCCACAGGCCUGGGUGCCACCUCCCCACUGUUGAACCUGCCCCAAGUGGUUCCCACCUCCCAGGUGGUGACCCUGCCCCAGGCUGUGGGGCCACUGCAGCUGUUGGCAGCUGGGCCAGGCAGCCCUGUGAAGGUGGCAGCUGCUUCGGGCCCUGCCAACGUGCACCUGAUAAACUCUGGAGUGGGUGUAACCGCCCUGCAGCUGCCUUCAGCCACUGCCCCAGGAAACUUCCUCCUGGCCAACCCUGUAUCUGGCAGCCCCAUCGUCACAGGUGUGGCAGUGCAGCAGGGCAAGAUCAUUCUCACUGCCACCUUCCCCACCAGCAUGCUGGUCUCCCAGGUCCUGCCGCCAGCCCCCGGCCUGCCCCUGCCCCUGAAGCCAGAGACAACCAUCUCGGUGCCUGAAGGAGCCCUCCCGGUGGCCCUCAGCCCAUCACUCCCAGAGACCCAAGCCUUGGGCACACUGUCCACUCAGGUGCCCCCACCCCCCAGCACAGCCACCUCUGCAGCUAGUCUGCCCUUCUCCCCAGACUCCUCUAGCCUCCUGCCCAGUUUCCCAGCACCGGCAGAGGGUCUGAUGCUGUCACCUGCAGCCGUGCCCAUCUGGUCUGCAGGGCUAGAACUGAGCACGGGAGCAGAGGGGCUGCUGGAUGCAGAAAAGGGGCUGGAGACGCAGGCCCCCCACACUGCGCUGAGGCUGCCGGGCCCGGACCCUGAGGGGCUGCUCCUGGGGGCUACUGCAGCGGCUGAGGUGGACGAGGGGCUGGAAGCAGAGGCCAAGGUUCUGACCCAGCUGCAGUCAGUGCCUGUAGAGGAGCCCUUGGAGCUGUGACAGCUGGCCUCAUGCAGCCUCUCCUGACAGUGGUGCUCAAGAUGCAGGGCAGGAUGGGGGAGAAGGGAUCCGUUCAGAGAGACAGUUCCGUGACCUGAAGGUCCCCACUACACUACAUGCCUGCAGCCCAGGGAACCCCUCUAAGGCCUGGAGGUGCCUGGAAGACUUGACCAUGGGGCGCUGUCCUGCUCUGGAUGGGAGGACUCCUGGACAGCCCUCUUCCUGCCCUGCCAUCUACAAGGGGGUCUCUGCCCCCCACCAUCUGGUACUGGCCGUGAGCUGAAGACCUGCCAGAUAGUUGGAUUUCCGAUCUGCUUGCGUGCUCCCUCAUGCCUGACACUAUUAACAGCUCAGCUGGCACCAGUGUGCUUGGAACUGCUUGGGAUCUGAGGUGGAGCCCAGAGAGUCCUGUCUUGGGCCCAGUUUUGAGCCCAGAGACUGAGACCUUCCUGGCUUAGCCUUUCUAGGAGGCCAGGUCUUCCCUUGCUCCCCUGGACUUAAACCCUCAUGAUCACCUCCAGCCCCAGACCAAAGAUUCCCUCCCUCCUGGGGCAACCCUGACCCAUGUCUAGUUUGUAUCCUAAAUCUCUAUUUUUCUAGGAUAUGUUAUACCUCCAUUUCAAUUAAAGGUAACAGCAGAGCC